AUGUCUUCGUUGAACUUACGUCUCCUCGCGAGCGCCCUCUUCGCGUCAUCUUUCGGUUCCUUUAUCGUCGAAGCCAGAGUUCCUCCAGUUGAGUUACUCUCGCCCAGACAGACUGCCACUGGUUUCCAGCUCGCCGCCCAAGGAACGUUCGCCGGCUUUGGACUCGCCUCCGCUUGCGAACAAGUCCUCUAUCAAACCAUCAACUGUGACUCCUAUGUCCGCAACCUCGGGCAGAAGGUUUACCAUGGAUCGCCUGGGGAUAAGGCUUUCACCGACAACAUUUGCUCUGCAACCUGUGGGACGGCUUUGUCCACGGCCCGCAGACGAAUUGUAGGGUCUUGCGCCUCGACUCCUGAGCUGUUCCAAGGCUAUCCGGUGCUUUCCCUGAUUGACUCAAUCACUUCUGGGUGGAAUGAGACAUGCUUGAAGGACACCGACGGUGCAUACUGCAAUGCCAAAAUUGAAGCCUUUGAGGAUGUCGACGAACUCGCCGACAUGCCUCAAGCCCAAGUUUGCUCUUUCUGCUUCGGCGAAAAGCUUAGGCUCAUGCAGAGGUCGCCUUAUUCGGCGUACGACAGCUUACACGCUGAAAGGCUCCUGUAUAUCAACGAGAAUUGCGGAGGGGCGACAACGCCGACGGAACCUCAGCUGCCUGUCAUAACUCCUAACGGCACUGAGCCAGACUCCUGUGUUACAGGCGUCAAGUAUACCGUUCAGGCUGACGACACGUGUAACAGCAUUGCGAAGGCGAAAUCUAUCUCUGCCGCGACUCUUUAUUACAUUAACCCAUCCCUACGCGACUGCGAAAAUCCUGAGACCGGCUUGGAGCUCUGCAUGCCUCUUACUUGCGAGGCCACGUACGAGGUACAAGAAAAGGAUGACUGCGUAGUCAUUGGCGUAGACCAGGCGACCUCAUGGCAGAACAUCAUCAAGUGGAACUCUGGUUUGGACGACCGUUGCUCCAACGUUUGGUCUUCCCCUUCCUCGCCGCCAUACUGGGGCAACGUCAUUUGCGUCAGCGCUCCCGGUGGUGUUCCUAACGGUAGCGCCGGCAACGGCGACGGCACUGAUGUUGGCAAUGGAAACGUGGGAGGACCUGGUGGUUCUGGUGACGGUUACGCCGACACUGUGGUUAAGCCUCCCUCUACAGGCACUGUUGCUCAGGGCACAACGGAACUGUGUGGUUCCUAUGUCCAGGUCGAGGAGGGUGCGACCUGUUCGACAAUCAUCGCUGGUAAUGCCGUGCCUAUCAAUCUUUUUUUGAAGGCGAACCCAUCGUUGCGCAACGCAGAGAGAUGCUCACAGUAUCUUCGCGUUGGCUUGUGGUACUGUCUCCUUCCCGUCCGGGGCUUUGACGAAGCUCUUUGA